UUGAGGAAAUUGAUGACGGGGAAGCAUGCGGGCAACACAGUGUAUAAAACUCAUAAACGUGUAGGCAGGAGCUCAGCUACUACUUUGGACGGCUGCUUCCCGCCAGCAAAGACCACGAAGACACCAGGGAGCUGAGCAGGAGCCAGCUGCGAGACAUGAAGAGCCUCUUGCUGCUGACCACACUCCUGGUACCUCUGCACCUGGGCAUGGCCUGGAGCGCCAAGUAUGCGGUGGAUUGCCCGGAGCAUUGUGACAAUACUGAGUGCAGAAGCAGCCUGCGUUGCAAGAGGACAGUGCUGGAUGACUGUGGCUGCUGCCAGGUGUGCGCCGCGGGGCCUGGAGAAACCUGCUAUCGUACAGUGUCAGGCAUGGACGGGGUCAAGUGUGGUCCGGGGCUGAAGUGUCACUUUUACAGCGAGGAGGAUGAUUUUGGUGACGAGUUUGGUAUCUGCAAAGACUGUCCCUAUGGCACAUUUGGGAUGGAAUGCAAAGAGACUUGCAAUUGCCAGUCGGGCAUCUGUGACAGGGUGACUGGGAGAUGUCUGGACUUUCCCUUCUUCCAGUAUGAAGCAGCCAAGUCACCCAGCAGGACCUCUGCCUCCCACACAGAGCGUGAUGCGGCAUCUGGAGAUGGCAACGCUGUGAGAGAAGAGGUUGGAGAAGGGCACGCUGCCCGGCCCUCUGUGAUGAAGUGGUUGAAUCCACGCUGAUCCUGGCUGAAUUUGCUAAGAAAAGGCUCCACUUUAGUGACCAACAUUCAGCCAGCAUUUUAAAAACCGUCUAGAACAUAGACUGUGGAUAUGUAAUUUAUGGAGAUCAAGUGUGAUUCAGCAAAAAAAAAAAAAAAAAAUGUAGGCUAUAUACAACCCAUAAAACACAUAUGACUGAACACUUUUAGAGAUUUGUUAAAUAUUUAAAUUCAUAUAGAUCUGUUAAGUGUAUGUGUGCAUGUGUGUGUGUGCAUGUGUGUGUGCAUGUGUGUGUGAGUGUGUGUGCGUGCUUGUGUGGUAUCACCAAAGAACUUGAUAGGCAAUUGAGAUGGUCUUACUGUCAACAAGUAAUCCAAUCAAAGCUGAAGGAACUGUGGGUUCGUUUGACUUGAGUGCACAUUCUUAUUGAGAUACAGGUUGAAGAAGAGUUAGGAGUAAGAGACACUGGGGGUGGUAGUGAAAGUGGGGUUUAUAAUAUUUAGCUCUUCCUCGUAGUAGCUUAAAAUUUAUUAUUUUGUUUUAAUUGGAGGAAAUAAAACAAGACCAGAAAAUCCUUGAAGGAAGUGAGAUAUUGGAAGCUCAUGGGUGAGCUAAACAACUGCUCUGAAUGGAAAUGCUAUUAUUACAGCUAUCUGAUGGGAGUAGGGGCAGGUAGGGGAGGUGAACAUAC